GGUUCAACUACUCCAUACAACUUAGUGUACAAAUGUACACCUCGGUUUCACUUAUUUUCUACCUUACGAGUGUGCCUGGCGAAUUCGAAUGGAUAAUAAUUAUACCCACAAUGACAAUGAAUGGGAGAUACAAAAACGGCAGUAGACUGAAAUAGUUGGAAACUCGCCGGCCGGUGAGUGAAAAAAUAAGAUCGGCUUGUUACUUUUGGCUCCAACUAGUUCGAGCUACGCUUGCAAAUAUAACGAAAUGGCAGACAAGGCUGUCCCAGUAAAUGGAAUGAUUCAAGAAAUUAAAAAGGGUAAAACAAUCCUGACUGCUGAGCCUUUUGCCUUCGUCCUCAGCGAGCAACACAGGAAAGAAAGAUGUGAUCAGUGUUUCAAGAGCUCGAAAAUAUCCAGAUGCGCUGGAUGUCAAUACGUUUAUUAUUGCGGACGAAAUUGCCAGAGAAAGGCUUGGGCAAUUCACAAAAUAGAGUGUCCUAACAUCAAGCGAAUUCAUCCACGUGUCCUUCCUGAUGCAGCACGAAUGAUGGCGAGAAUAAUAAUAAAAUUGAGUCAGAAUGGGAGAGAGGAACGGGGAUACUAUACUCCUACGAAAUACAGAGUUUUCGACGACUUGAUGUCACACGUCAUUGAUAUCAAAGAGGAUAUGAAGAAGAUGGAGCAUUUUACUUCAUUGAGCAUGGUCUUAUUGGAAUUUUUACCUAAUGACAUAUUACCAGAUGUCAAGGAAUUGUUGGCGAUAUUUGGACGUAUGAGUGUCAAUUCUUUUAAUAUUCUUGAUACUGAUAUGACAAGUCUGGGAGUGGGAAUAUACUUGGGACCGUCAAUUAUUGAUCAUAAUUGUAAACCAAAUGCCACCGCUGUUUUUGAAGGAACAACACUUAUGAUACGAACACUUCAUGAUUUGCCAGCUCUCGAUUGGUCUCAAAUUCAUAUAACGUAUAUCGACGUACUGAAGGACAUGGAAACAAGACGUGCAGAGUUACGGAAAUCUUACUAUUUUCUGUGCGAAUGUGAGAGAUGCAAUACUCCGGAGACUAUUGAAAUUGCUGCAGCUUGUCCUAACAAAACAUGUACAUAUCCAUGUCAAUCAACCGAUUCACAUUGCCCAAAAUGUUGUGAGGAGUUUCCAGAGGGUUUCAAGGAAUGUUUUGAUGAAGUCUGCGAAUUGUCUGUUUACCACCUGGAGAAAAUGGCCCAUACGGCAUGUAAGCAUUUAGAUGCAGCCAGAAUGUGCUUGACAAAACAAGAAGGUAUUCUGCAUCCGUACAAUCUGUUGGUGGUUCGUAUGUUGGAAAUGGCUCUGGCUGCUACUAUGGACUUGGAACGGUGGGAAGAUGCUGAGGUUUAUGCCUCUCAAUUGACUGGUAGAUAUUUAUUUUACUUUGGUGAAACUCAUCCAAUGACUGGCCAAGUUCAUUUUGUACAGGCAAAACUAUUCUCCUUCCAGAAGAAAGGUCGUUUGGCCUUGGAAUCCAUAACCAAAGCUGCUCAAUUAAUAAAAAUAUCAUUCGGUGAGGAUCACUCAAAGAUCAAAAACGAAAUUAAACCACUUCUCGAUCAGCUAUUAGCUGAAUAUCAUUAUGGAAAAAAUGGUUUCUAAACAGUUGAUAUGAUAAUUAUCAUUCUGACAAUUCCGAAAUCGUGUGGAAUAUUAACAAAUAGAAACGAUAAAAACAUCUUGUAAUAAACUUGUUGAAAUAAAUGUAUUUUAUACUAGUUA